AUGAAGAUUUCUGCAAUUCUUACAGUGGCUCUUAGUAUGGCCCUUCUUUCAAAUGCCGCUCCACUCGAAAAACGUCGUUUUGGUCAAGAACACUCCGCAUUCGUUGAACCACUCUACCAAAAAAUGCGGGACAGUGCUCAAGGCACUAAUUUUGCCGGACAAGUUGGACAAAUGUCUGGCGAAGCCGUGAAUGCUCUUCUUGCCGCUAAGCCUGCUUGCAGACAACAAGUCGUGGCAGAUCACUUGGUAUUUUUUGCGAAAAAAAUGGGCGCUGAUACGACGAUUGCAGAUGGAAAGACGAGGGAAAAAGAUUUAAUUAACAUCGCAAAGCAAUAUCGAACUGCUGAGAGAAAUACCAACCAAGAUGGAAAACCGAGUUUCUUAUGUGGCAGAAAACCAUCCUUUAAGGAAUUGAAUGGAAUUGUACAAAAGCAAGAUCCUGCUGCGACAACAAAACCGGAUACGCCUACAGAUGCUACUAAUCUGGAUGAAACUUUUGACCCACUCG